ACCUGCGUGGGCUGUCGGGGUUGGCAGUGGCUGUCCUAUCUUGCGCGCUUGCUCAUGUGCAUUGCAUACGCAGAGACAGCCUUCUUCCAUCCUUCUCCCCAGCGCCUCUCGCCCGCUGCGCCGAUACCUCGACUGGCGACGACAAGGUUGACGACCUGAGUUGAAAACACCCAUCAAGCACCCAUCAGUCGGCUGCUCAUACGCAUCGAGGACUCAGCAGGACCCGCCUCUCCACGACACAUCGUCGCCGCUCCCCGACCUUCCCACUCCCAUUGCGCCAGCGACGGCGAGGUCGGCGCGUUCCAGCAACACAGCGCAUAUAAGGUCCUAACACGUCCUUCAUACAUCAGUAUAUCUUAUCAGAGUGCAAGGAGGCUCAUAAACAAGACUAUGGACCUGGGACGAAUGUUGUCCAAUGGUGACCAAGAAACUGCUGGAGCAGGCGACAUGAGGAGGCAAACUCAUCACCAUUCAACUCGGAAUGGCGCAUCAGGUUCAGAACCACACCACGAUACAAGAGCACACGCUGGGAAUACACAGCGCUCUUUGCGAGGUCAGCAUGGCUCCACCGCCUCGCCUGGUCACACUCAUGGGUCACCUGCAAAGAAGGACCAGAAGCAUGUUGUCUUCAGGCUCAUAGACCAGAAAGACCCUCGCAUUCAAGCUAGACUACCCAUGCGCGUUAUGAUCUCGCCACAUGAUACCACGGAAUCGAUCAUUACCACCGUCAAGAACUUCUACGGCCUAUACGAGUAUGGCGUCAGCUUCGAGAACGAGGAAGGCAUCAGCAUCAUUGCAGCAUGCGAUAAUUUUGACAACGACAUGGUGGUUUACGUUAGGACAGUCGGACCCCCUCCUGCUGUCAUCAGCGACCACGUGAGAGACUCGGCCAGCCCCAAGAAGCUGACCCUCGGCGCACCAUUCGAGAUGCGCCCGCCAACACACAGCAACGGACACUCGCCCUCUAGGUCUGCUGCUCGAUCUGCAGGAGUUCGUAGCGUGUCUCCUCACUCAGAGCUCGGCCGACGCAGUACCUCGGUUGCUCCUGGCGGUAAGCCAAAAAUGCAUAGAACGAAAAGUAAAGGUCAUAGCCAAAUGGGCGACAACGACGGGUACAGCAGCGGGGACAACGAUAAUGGCUCAGUCGCCAGCUCGAGGCGCUCCAAGGCAGAGGAGAUCAAAGCCGAUAUCACGGUUGAUAACAUCGUGGAGGGAGGUCGCAGGAAGCGAGCAUUCGAGAGCUCGGAACUGCCUCUCUUCGUUCCCCCACAGGUACCUAUGAGUACCUCUAUAUCGUCUAUCUCACCUCAGCGUCGCUCAGGUCCACACCUGGCGUCCCCGUACGCAUAUUCCAAUCAGCAGACAUUUUCGUACCAGCAGCCUCUGCCUUCACCUCAAAGUUAUAGCAAUGGCUUUGGCAACAUGCAGCCGCCGUUCCCGACAAAUCCAUAUCAGAAUGGUUACCAACCACCCAGCAGACAGCUGCGUGGGAAUCGCCUCAGCGGUGCAAGCUCGAACCGCAAUUCGAAUGGCGUCCUGCCCACCCCAGACCCUACGAUUGGCAGUGUCAUAUCCGAUGAGGAUGUUGCUCUGCAGCUGAUGAGACUCGGCGAUCCGACUGCCUUCUCUCAUGGCAGAACCUCGACCUCCACUAUCGAUGAUGCACUUAGUGGAAAAGCAGACGUGGCCUCGUCUGAUGAGGGCAGUGAAGACGACGGCCAGGAGGAGUCGGGUAAAGAGGAGGAUGAGGAGGAGGAUUUGAAGCUGCCCACGGUGCCAGCAUUCCCCAGGGAAGAGAUGGGACCUGCCAGAAAGAAGCAGCGCGUGUUGAACGAACUGCCAAGCGACGGGACAAGUGGUGAAGAAUACGAAGACCAGCGUGAUGGCAACUUUGGCAGCGAUGGCAUGGACAUUGACGGACAACGAAAGUCGAUCAAGACCAAAAGCAAAACUCGUAAGGAAGGCUCCAUGUUGAUGGGACGGGUGAGCAAGCCUCGCCAACUGUCCAUGUCUUCAAAGACGAAGAAGCCCUGUGCAGGCAGCAUCAAGGUGCCAAUGUCGCCGGCGUCCUUGACCUCGCAGACGCAGUCGCGAAAGGCGUCUGUUGCAUCCACCAUCAAUUUUCAGCACCAGCUUGGGGUUGAUGAAGAAGACUUGUCUUCCAAACCUCGCUGCCAGCGGUGCCGCAAGAGCAAGAAAGGUUGCGACCGUCAACGUCCGUGUGGUCGUUGCAAGGAUGCUGGAAUCGGAGCUGACGGCUGCGUCAGCGAAGAUGAAGGAAAUGGUCGCAAGGGCCGGUACGGGCGCCAUAUGGGUGUCACUAUCAAGAAGGGUGAGAGCGAGAAUGCUAUCGACGACUUGUCGCCGCCGCCACAUCAUACGCACGGCUUGAAGAGCACUUUCCUCGCUCCCGCUGCUCCCAACGGGGACAAGAAGCGCAAGCGGUAGCACCCAAGUUACAUCGACGCACCGCGACCACCGUUACCACGACUAAACAGAGCGCUUCAAGCCGCCUCCGAUCAUGGGUCUUCAUACAUCAAAACCAUAACCAAAAAAGUGCGGGUACUGGAUUAAAGGCGCUCUUUACGGGUGGAAGGCAUGCUGUUAAUGAUGGUAUGAUUUUCAUAUGUCGUCUGAGCUUUUGGCGAUAGGAACUAGAUUGGCCUUCACCGGCAGCGAAGGAGGCAGCCCGAGGAUGGCACUGCAGAAUGGUACGAGUUCCAUACUAGACAAGCUCGCAAAAGCUCGAAGACCAGAGAAUGAAUAGAGAUUGAUACAGUGGGAUUAGGAGGAUAAAGGAUCACCUAGUUUCUGGUGUCGGUGAAUGAGUUCAUCAUCUGCUGGUUAUUUUGUCCGAGUGCGAAUU